UGAUAACUGCAAUUUCGUUUAAGUGUUGAAUACAUAUACUUUUUAAGACACACCUAUUAAUUGUCUAGUGCGGUCAAUAAGGUUUGAUUUGAAGUUUUGAAAUAUAUUAAAUAUCACGAAUCCAGUGGAAAUCGCAUACAUCGUCACAUCGAUAUCCAGAGCACACAAUAUCGUUUUUAAUGAAAACUAUAAAAUUAUAAACAGAAAAAUUAACUAUUGUGUAUAGUUUUAGAAAGUUCGCGUUGCAGCGACAAUCGUGUGAAAUUCAUAGACUAUACAUGCAAUAUUUAUCAUAAACCACGUGUACAAAGCAUAGGACACUGGAUUUCUUUAAACCACGCUACUAUUAAACGACAGUCAUAAUGCGGUGUACUAGUCUGUUGGUUUGUGUCUCGGCUUUGGUGACAUGCGCCAGUUCCGCAGGUAUUUUGUACCCGCGAGAGUCUGAAUCUCGGGAAGUCAAAUCGUUGGAUGGCAUGUGGAACUUCAGACUAUCCCUUCCCGAUCCCCUUGUCGGCUUCAAGGAGCGCUGGUACAUGAAAGACCUAAGCAAGACUGGUCCAGUGAUCCAAAUGCCAGUGCCAAGUAGUUACAACGACGUGAUAGUAGAUAAAAAAAUCAGAGACCAUGUCGGUUUAGUUUGGUACGAUAAAUCGUUUUUCGUACCUGAGUCGUGGAGGCAGCAGGGUUAUAGAGUUUGUUUGAGAUUCGGCAGUGUUCAUUAUGCAGCUCAAGUAUGGGUGAAUACACAUUUAGUACUCAAUCACGAAGUCGGACAUUUGCCUUUUCAAAGAGACAUAACAGCUAAUCUAAAGUUUGGUCGGCUGAAUAGAAUAACCGUAGCCGUGGAUAACGUUUUAUUAGCAACAACUGUGCCACAAGGAUCUUUACAAAACAUUAGCACAAAUACCGGACCUAAGACUAUACAAACGUUCAAGUUUGAUUUCUUCAACUAUGCCGGUAUACACAGGUCCGUGCUCCUGUACACAACACCUAUUGUGUACAUCGACGAUGUCGACGUGACAACCAAUUACACCGAGGAUGGCGUAGGCAUAAUUAAUUAUAACAUACAAUACGGUGGAUCACUGAGCAGUGGGGAAACGUUGAAUUGCUCAGUAACAGUGCUGAACAACGAAAAUGUACGGGAGAAAUUCACUGUGAUCACUAACGACGAAGAAGGUCUGUCGGGUAUUAUAAAAAUCGAAAAUGCGAAACUAUGGUGGCCGUAUUUGAUGCACGAAGAACCGGGAUACAUGUACACGUUGGAGAUCCGGCUUUCGACCACUUGGAAUGUGGACGACGUAUACCGAUUACCGAUAGGGAUCAGGACUAUCAAAUGGACGAAUACGGCGUUCCUUAUCAAUAACAAACCGGUGUACUUGAGAGGGUUCGGACGACACGAAGAUUCCGAUAUACGAGGGAAAGGAAUGGACUACGCGCUGGUGACCAGAGACUACGACCUCAUCAAGUGGAUCGGAGCGAAUUCUUACCGGACGUCUCACUACCCGUACGCAGAAGAAAUUAUGGACUUUGCCGACAGACACGGCAUAAUGAUUGUAGACGAAUGUCCCAGUGUUAACACCGAAGUUUUUUCUGAUAAACUAUUGAAGAAACAUACUACGAGCUUAGCAGAACUCAUUAAGAGGGACAAAAAUAGACCUAGUGUGAUCAUGUGGUCAAUUGCAAAUGAGCCACGAUCGGAUCAAUUAGAAGCCGAUUCGUAUUUCAAAUCUGUAGCUAUUUUCGUCAAAACUUUAGACGGUUCGCGGCCCAUAACAGCAGCUAUUGCGACACAAUUCGAUAUUGACAAACUGGGCCAACACUUAGACAUCAUCGGCUUCAACAGGUACAACGCCUGGUACACGUUACCUGGUCACACGGAGAUCAUCAAAAACCGGGUAGAAGACGAAGCAGCCAAAUGGCACGCUAAACACAACAAGCCGGUUUUCAUGACGGAGUAUGGUGCUGACACGUAUGCCGGUUUGCAUAUGAGCCCUUCGUUCGUUUGGUCUGAAGAAUAUCAGAUAGAACUCAUGUCCGAACAUUUCAAAGCGUUCGACACGCUUCGAAGUAAAAAAUUCUUCAUUGGUGAAAUGAUAUGGAAUUUCGCAGACUUUAAAACCGAUCAAACUGUCACAAGGGUAGGAGGUAACAAAAAAGGAGUUUUUACACGACAGCGAGAACCUAAAUCGUCAGCAUAUCAUCUGAGGAAAAGAUAUUGGUCAUUAGCCAACCGUUUGGAUGGAGCAGAACUUCCUUGUGACAUUCAAUCUUAUUUUAUAGCUAGCGACAGUCAAAAUAAUAUUGAACUUUAAUAUCGUUUUUGAGUAGUGGUAAUUAUCAACUGUGUUUCAACAGUCUUCCUAAAUAAAUCUAUAAUAUAGUCAUUAGAUAUACUUAAGGGUUUCUAUUCGUGUAUUUAUUGAUAAUAUUAUAAUUUUAUAAUUUUAUAAUAUAAAUGAAAAUAGUUGUUCAUAUCGGAUAUAUUAAGAAUAUUUUGCUUAGAAAUGUAACCUGAUUUAUUUAAAUGAAAAAAGUUGAAUUGCAUUUUAAUGAUUUAUGGCGAAGUUACUAUAUUAUUUAAAAUGUAAGACUAUAUUAUACUAAUAUCUAUGUAUAGGUACAAUUCACUGUUUUACGUGUUAUAAUUUGGUGCAUAAAUUAUGGACCAAAGUACCUAUAGUAAUUGAUGUAAUUCCUUUUCAAAUUAAUAAUAUAGCAUAAUAUUAUGAAUUACAUUUUUAAAAAAAUUUAAUAAGAAUCAAUAUGAAUUAAGUACAAAUGUAUAAUGAACAUCUACUGUAUUGUUUGUAUUGUGUAACAGGAAAAAAUAACAAGGAUUCAUUUUAUGACUAAUAUUUUUACUUUAGAAU